AAGAGUUAAUUAUAACUCAGUACCUCAUAAUAAAGGGUUUCUCUUUGUUUCUCAGCACAUAAAGAUGAACUUUUUACCGUGAUUUCAGACUGCAGUGAUCUGGUUUCUUAAUCGUAAUUCUUAAUGAUCUUAAUGUGUGUCUUCAGCUGACUUAUAAAAGUGAAACUGUUUCCGCACUGAUCACACGUGUGCAGCUUCUCUCUGCUGUGGAUCCUCUCGUGUGUUUUCAGGUCUCCUGACUGAACGUAUCUCUUGUCACAGUGUGAACACUUGUGAGGUUUUUCUCGAGUGUGAUGAAUCCUCUCAUGCAGUUUUAAACAGCUCGCAAAUGUAAAAGUUUUCCCGCACUCAAAGCACAUAUAAGCUUUUACACCAGUAUGUUUUUUUUUUUUUUUCUGAUGUUCUUUUAAACUUUGCAGCAGUGAAAAACUCUUUCCACACACAGAACAUGAAUGUGGCUUCUCCUUCGUAUGAACUGUCAGGUGUGUCUUCAAGUGUGAUGCCGUAAGAAAUGUUUUGCCGCAAUGAUGAUACACGUGUCUUCUCUCCGGUGUGGAUCCUCAUGUGAUGUUUAAUAUAUUGUUUGUUUGAGAAACAUUUUCCACACUGUUCACACAUAUACGGUUCACACAUAUGCUCGUGACGUCUUCUUUUAUAAUUAUUAUUGGCUGAUAGAAAUGUUUUAAAAAAUAGUAUUUUAGAUGAAAAUAAGAUCAAGACCCUCGAUGAUGUCAUGAUCUAUUCUGUCGUGCAGCGCUCAAAAUUACGGUCAAGCAAAUUUCCUCUGAAUCGUUUUUUUUUUUUAUUUUUUUUUUUUUAACUGGUUCAUUAAAAUCUAUCCGAAUCAGGAAACUAAUCAGACUUCUAAUAACUUUUAGCGAGCACGAGGCAGGCGGAUGGAAAUGGUAAUAAAAAUAUAAGAAUUAAAAUAAUAUCUCACGACUCUCGAUUCCCAACGCCUCGGAAUCGAGGAAUCGAUUCUUUUUGGAAUCGACUCCCAGCCCUGGUUUGGGACACAGCUAGCGUCGAGUCUUCUGAGGAGAGGCGAGCAGCUCACGUAGUUCAGUAAUAAAUGCAGGAGUAUCUCCAUCAGUUCACAAGAGAAGACGAGCAUCAAAUCAUCAGGAAGAGCUGAAAUCUGUAAAGACUGAGUUUAUUAAAGAGGACCGAGAGAAAAUGAGAGAUCCAGAACCCUGCAGAAUCAAACACACUGAAGAUACUCAAGAACUAACAGAGUUGUUUGAGGAGAAUGGAGAGUUCAGUGAAGUUGAGGAGAAAAUUAAUGUUAAAACUGGAGAAAAACCUUUGAGUUGCUCUCAAACCAAACAGAAAGAUUUAAGGCAAAGAAGAGCCAAGAAAUCCUUCAUCUGCACUCAGUGUGGAAAGAGUCUGACAAACAAACAUAUUCUUGAUGUUCACAUGAGAGUUCAUACUGGAGAGAAACCGUUCACAUGUGAUCAGUGCGGAAGGAGUUUCACACAAAAAGGAAACCUUAUGGAGCAUAUGAAAAUUCAUACUGGAGAGAAACUGUACGCAUGUGAUCAGUGCAACAAAGCAUUUUUGAGAGCUUCAGAGCUGAAGGAGCACCUGAGAGUUCAUACAAAGGAGAAACCACAUUCAUGUCAUUUGUGUGGAAAGAGAUUUUCAUUACUACAACAUCUUAAAAAACAUCAGAAAAUACAUACUGCUGUCAGAGAGUACAUGUGCUUUGAGUGUGAAAAGACUUUUACUACAGCACAGUGUUUAAAACAGCAUGAGAGGAUCCACACUGGGGAAAAACCUUACACAUGUGAUCAGUGCGGAAAGAGUUUCACACAAAAAGGACACCUUUCAGAACAUAUUAGAUUUCAUACUGGAGAGAAACUGUAUGCAUGUGAUCAAUGUGGGAAGAGUUUCACACUAAAAGGACACCUUACCAAACAUAUGAGAGUUCAUACUGGAGAGAAACCCUACACUUGUGUUCAGUGUGGAAAGAGUUUCACACACUCAACAAGCCUUAAGAGACACAUGAACAUUCACACUAGAGAGAAACUGCAUGCAUGUGAUCAGUGUGGCACAACAUUUUUGAGAGCUUCAGACCUGAAGAAACACCUGAGAGUUCAUUCAAAGGAGAAGCCACAUUUAUGUAAUUUGUGUGGAAAGAGAUUUUCAUGUCUACAAUAUUUGAAAAGACAUCAGAAAAUACACGCUGGUGUGAGAGAGUACAUGUGCUUUGAGUGUGAAAAGACUUUUACUACAGCAAACUGUUUAAAACAGCAUGAGAGGAUCCACACUGGAGAGAAACCUUACAUGUGUUCACACUGCAACAAGAGAUUCAGUCGGUCAGGACACCUGAAAACACAUGAGAGGAUUCACACUGGAGAGAAACAGUACAACAGUGUCAAUUUCAUUGACGAAUGAUUUUCGUCACUAGCAUUUUUCACCUAUGGGAACGAGACAAUGAAUAAAAUCUCUUUUUGAAUGACAAAAACUAAAAUCUGUUGACAUUUUUUUCAACUAAUAAAAAUGAGAUGAAAAUGUUAGGGUGGGAUGAUUGGACAGAGAUCAUCCAAUCAAAUGAAUCUCCUGCGUGGAAAGGAGGGGAGAUGCACACGUUUGAACUGUAACGCUCUGAUCAUAAGUUUGCAUGCACUUUGCUGCAUGUCUCAUAAAAUGUGACUAAGUAUGAUAUUAAAAGUCUAAAAGUCACUCAUUUUUAUAAAGUAACACUAUCCAACAGCGACAACCGCAGGUAAAGUUACAGUGGAGGCUUGCCUUCCUUCGGUCUAUUGACUUUCUACAGAGACCCCAAAGUGUGCCGUGACCUUUCUGGAGGCUCAUUGAGAUGAAUGGGGGAAAAUCAUGUGAGGGGAGGAGAAGCCUCCAUCGUGCUAUAAUUGGAUACGAAUGGUUAUAAUUGGAUGUGAUUGGUUCGUGCGAUAAAUCCCGCCUCUUGUUUUCGUGCGAGCUCUUGGUCUGAAUGAAGAAAAUGAUGGCGUUAUUACCUAAUUAUAAAAUAAGUAAACUAUGAUUGGGUUUCAAUGAUUGUUUUCUGGACAAGUGUCAGAUCAGCAGUCUUCCCCGUGAUUGUGUAGCCUAGUGAACCAAACUGAGAGACCAUUUUGAAGGAUCAGGAAACCUUUGCAGGUGUUUUGAGUUGAUUAGCUGAUUGGUAUGUCACCAUAUUC